CAGCACGCUCAGGACGUAUCAACGCUAUGUGGGUCGUGUGCGUGCACAGGGGAGGGGGAGGCGACGUAAGGGCGCUCGGCGAGCCUGUCUCUCCUCGAAUGAAAGGAAACAACCUCCGGCGACAGAGCCCCGCUCUCAGGCAGUGCUGGAGAACAGAGACCGACUUCUUUCUCUUUCCCCUCAUUGGCGCUUCGCUCCUGCCAUCCGCCUCGGGGCCCUAGUGCAUUUCUUAGGCUUAAAGUGGCAUUCUAACAGCAAUUUAAAAAUCAUGUCAAGCUCAAUUGAACAGAAAAAAGGGCCUACGAGACAGCGCAAAUGUGGCUUUUGUAAAUCAAAUCGAGACAAGGAAUGUGGACAGUUACUAAUAUCUGAAAACCAGAAGGUGGCAGCACACCACAAAUGCAUGCUCUUUUCGUCUGCUUUGGUAUCAUCACACUCUGAUAAUGAAAGUCUUGGUGGAUUUUCUAUUGAAGAUGUCCAAAAGGAAAUUAAAAGAGGCACAAAGCUGAUGUGUUCUUUGUGCCAUUGUCCUGGAGCAACAAUUGGUUGUGAUGUGAAAACUUGUCAUAGGACGUAUCACUACCACUGCGCAUUGCAUGACAAAGCUCAGAUCCGAGAGAAACCUUCACAAGGAAUUUACAUGGUUUAUUGUCGAAAACACAAGAAAACUGCACAUAACUCUGAAGCUGAUUUAGAAGAAAGUUUUAAUGAACAUGAACUGGAGCCCUCAUCCCCCAAAAGUAAAAAGAAAAGUCGUAAAGGAAGACCAAGAAAAACUAAUUUUAAAGGAGUGUCAGAAGAUACCAGAUCUACAUCCUCCCAUGGAACAGAUGAAAUGGAAAGUAGUUCCUAUAGAGACAGGUCUCCCCACAGAAGCAGUCCUAGUGACACGAGGCCUAAAUGUGGAUUUUGUCACGUAGGGGAGGAAGAAAAUGAAGCCAGAGGGAAAUUGCAUAUAUUUAAUGCCAAGAAGGCAGCUGCACAUUAUAAGUGCAUGUUGUUCUCCUCUGGCACUGUGCAGCUGACAACCACAUCAAGAGCAGAAUUCGGAGACUUUGAUAUUAAAACAGUACUCCAGGAGAUUAAGCGAGGAAAAAGGAUGAAAUGUACACUUUGCAGUCAGCCUGGUGCUACUAUUGGAUGUGAAAUAAAAGCCUGUGUUAAAACCUACCAUUACCACUGUGGAGUACAAGACAAAGCUAAAUACAUUGAAAAUAUGUCACGAGGCAUUUACAAACUAUAUUGUCAAAAUCAUAGUGGAAAUGAUGAGAGAGAUGAAGAAGAUGAGGAACGAGAGAGUAAAAGCCGGGGCAAAGUACAAAGUGAGCAGCAGCAACUUAUGCAGCAGCAACUUAAUGGAAACUAGGUUCAUGGGACAGAGUUUUAGAAAACUGGGAAUGAAUAAGACAUCCAUAACUACUAUUCUUUUUUUUCCACUGUUUUCUAAAAUCCAAAAGGGUUUGUAACUUUUUACUGCCCAACUCUUAGAUCCUUCAUUGAACUGCCUAAAAGCAUCUUGUUUGUUCUAUAUAAGCCUUCACUAGAUGGCUGAGUUUGACAUGUUGAUGUUAUGUAGCUGUAGCUUGCAGUUUCUGGGAAGCAGUUGAAAACACUAUUAACCCUGUGUAGAGUGUCAUCAGUUAAAGCAGAUAUUGAAAUGAACUAAGCUGUAUUUCUGGACUGAAUGAAGUUGUACUGUUUCGAGUGUUUUAAGUUGGUUUAGUGGAUUCAUGCUCAAGGGAAAACGUAAACAAAUUUCCUUUACAAUGCAACCAUGACACUGGUGGCAACCCGUGGUCCUUCGUGGAGAUUUUUUUUCACACUCAAGUAAUGGAGGCUAGAAAUGAAGAGAACCUGCUUCUCUCUUGGCUUUGACAGCACAUGCUAUAAAGUCACUUCCAAGAAGUGUGCUCCAGCUUUCCUUUGGUUCCUGUUAAAGUUGGGCUCACUGACCACCGUGGACACGGGCAACUGGUGAUGAUAAGCUCUGAUGCUCUCCAGUGCUUCUGCCAAAAUUCUCUUUGACAAUACCACCUCUUCUCUUUCCAGCUCACACCCAGAGCUUCUGGCAAAAUGAUUAAAUCCUUUUCCAGGUUAAAAGUAACAUUUGGCAACCACCAACUAAAACCUCUUUGAGAUUUAAGGGGUUGCCACUUGCUAAGGACUUUUAAGACCCCACGUCUGAAACGGGUUCCUCCCAAGUGCCCUGUCCGGGGACCACUUCACGUCUUGACCCCAGAGUAUGUAAGGAGGGCUCGUGGGCUGUAGGAGUGAAAAACAGUUUUGCAUAAAACAGUAUUUAUUUUGAAUGUUGUGACCACUAUUUUAGAAACUUGAUUUCAUGUUUUCCAGAUUUUUCAGUCAUUGCUUUGGUUGUAUGUUUUGUAGGCUUCUGGGCCCUUGCUUUUUCUCCUUAAUGGGGUUUGGUAGUAUGUCAUUAACUAAUGAUCAGGACUGUGUUUGAAAGCCUAAGAACCCAGCUUUUUUCAAAAGGAUUUUUACACUGGCAUUCUUUAGCUAGUGAUAUUUUCUUCCACUUAUCUGCUGAAGCACAUUUAUAUGUUUCUUUAUGGCAAAACCAAAAAAAAAACAAAACACCUUUAGUUGUGAUAGUACCAUAGCAUCUCAAGACGAAGUGUAGGGGGAUCUGAUGACUGGGUUAUUAGUCCACCUGCCACAAUAGAGAAACUUUGCAAGUAAGAAAUAACAUAUUGACGUGACUGUACAAUGAGCUGACACAACAGCAUUUUUUUAAACUGUAUACAGGUGGAAAAUUACACUGUGCUGAAUGACUGAAUUUUGUAACUGCUCGUCCCUUCGCAUCCAAUUUAUCAAGUGUGUGUUCACACAUUCACUUCAACCAAGGGACUCAAUGCUUGCUCUCUUUUAACUCUUUUAUUGUUAUUUUUAGAAGGAAACUAGCUUUAGUAGUGGACUGCUAUGUAUGUUUCUCCCUUUGCUUUUAAUAUGCCACCAUUUGUGUAUGAUUCAUUUUCAAAAUUAGUCAUGACUUGAAGUACAAGGACAGAUCUAAAUGUUUGUUUACCAAGCUGUGUGACUUUUCCCAAAGGAUCUGUACUUUUAUUUCCUUAUAACAGCUUGAAAAAUAUUAUUUUUAAAGAUCUUGAAAUCACUGUGUCUAGAUCAUUUUUCACAUUGUGUGCCAUAGAACUUACCCAUGGAGAAAUAGAUAUCCUUCAUUUUUAGACAACUACUGUAAUGAAUUUUUUUAGGAAAAAAAAAAAAAGGAAGGUGCCGGGGUAAUCAUGGCCAGUCAAUAAUUCUGUAAAGGACUUCAACUAUUAUAGCUGUCAGUUGAUGGGUUUGUUGUGUAGUAAGAUAUAGGACUUGGCAUGGGUUUCUUCAGCCCUUUCUCUGCUACUACCAACCAGAAUAGCACUUUACCUUUUGGUUGGCUAGAAUAGGUGUCUGACUACCUGUUUUUUCUCACUGUGGUGUGAUUGGCUAAAUCCUCCAUUAAAAAUGGAAAUGUAAAUUGAAAUCACAUGAAGUAUCACCUUGGGCUGUAAAGCCUCUAAUAUUUUGAUUCGCUACCUAUGUUUUCAUCACAUGCUGAGUAAAAAGAAAAAAAGUGCCUUACAAUGUAAAAAUUGUACAGUACUUGUGUUCCCAAGUAGCAUCAUCAUCUUCUGGGUAGUAAUGACAUUGUGGUAUUAAUAUUUAGAUAAAUGGACCUCAGCAGUGUAUUUACUGUACAUCUCUUAAGUCCUUAAUUGUAGUAAGCAUGACAUUAUUUGAUAAGUAUAUGACAUUUACAUCAUUUUCCAAAAAUACUGCCAUUACUGUCUUUUAUGCAUAUUUUAGCCUGAAAUUUCAAAGUGUCUUUUCUUCUUUAUUUCCUUUUUGCUUUCUUUACCCCCUUUUUUGUUUUCAUUUUUGUUGUUGUUAUGAGUAUUAAACAGUGUAACCUUUGCAAGCGUAUAUUGAAGAUGAUUCUGGAGCAUUUAUUGCCUUACCAGAAAAUGUUAGUAACAAAUGUUCUUUAGAGCAGAAGGAUAGACUUGAGUUUCUAUACUUUAAUAAGAGCUCUUUGUUCCUGGGUCGGGGGAGGAGGGGAGGGGGUGAAUUUUACUUUCAUCUCAAUUUAUUAAAACCCACACUUAAAUUCUCUUGCAAGGAUCAGCAGUUUUAGAACUUUCAAAUUGUACUUGCUCAUGCUACUCAAGAUAUGAACAGAAUAACAAGCGCUGUAUGUAGAUCUACUAUUGAAUCUGAAUCUAUGUACUUGAACAAAUGUGUGAAUCUCAAAUAUCUCAAAGCAAAAGCAAAAGUGUUCUGGCAUGUUGUUGCUUUUUUUUAAAAAAGCACUAAGGUUAGACCAAGGUCUAGUUUUGUUUGAGCAGACAUUUUAAUUGUAAAGAUGUGGAAUGCGUCAUGGGUCAAAAUCAAACAUUCCUCUCAUGUUAUGUAUAUUUUGUUCCUGUUAUAUUGGCUUUAUUUUCAAGUUGUAGUUUGUAGUAUUAGUUCCUUUUAUUGGUAUUCUUGCAUAUAUUAUUCAUUCAAUAAAUCAGUUACGAAUUUCAUAUUUGUAUGUCUUUUUUGUGUGUGGAAGCCUAUAAUGACGUUUUGACGACCACAACAAUACUGUGUUCUGUGUAGUGUUGCUUUACAUCAAGGUAAAAUGCCUAAUUUGUUUGAUAGCUUAUCAUUCAACCAAUGUGGGGCAAAGAGCUGGGGAUAUAGCUCAGUGGUUGUUGCUGGCAUGCAGGUAUCUGGCAUUGCCAAAACAACAGCAGCCACAGAAUCCACCUAUCUCAAAAAACAGUGUGGGGCAGUGCAGUAUGGGAGAAAAAAACCUUGGUUUUGAAUUCCAUUCAAUGUUUCAUAAUACAAAGGUUUAAUCGUGGGGAGAAAUCUUUUUAAGUACAAUAGAAUUGGCC